ACUUUGGUUUAGGUUUUUGUACACCAAAUAACCGAAUUGGUUCUUUUUUUCUUCUAACUUUGGUUUACAGUUUGGUGUCUUAACUGAACUAACUGACUUAAAAAUGAAACCUUUUUUAGUUUUACCCUACUUUUGAUUUGUGAGCAUCUCUGUGAUCAUGGCGACAACUAAACCUGCCUUUUCAAAUUCCUCUAGUUUCCCGUAUCGUCUCUUCUCCCAACUGAAAAUUUUCCGGCGUAUAGGUUCUGUUCCGGCACCGGUAUCUGAAGAUUCCGACGACCAAUCGAAUGAUCUGCUUCUUCGCACGAGUAGCAACGGUCACGAGGGCAGUUAUAUUCCCGCAGAUAGACGUUUCUACAACAUGCUUUUAAAGAAAUGUACAGUCUUUAAGUUAAUCACUCAGGGAAAGAUCGUUCAUGCUCAUCUGAUUCAAUCCAUCUUUCGUCAUGACCUCGUUAUGUACAACACUCUCCUCAAUAUGUAUUCGAAAUGCGGGAGUUUGGAGGAAGCUCGUAAAGUGUUCGACCAAAUGCCUGAGAGAGAUUUUGUUACAUGGACCACUUUGAUUUCUGGUUAUUCGCAGCAUGGUCGACCUCGUGAUGCGUUACUCUUGUUUAAUCAGAUGGUUAGACUUGGAUUUAGUCCCAAUGAGUUCACUUUGUCUAGUGUGAUCAAAGCUGCUGCAGCUGAGACGAAGGGUUGUUGUGGUCAUCAACUUCAUGGGUUCUGUAUUAAGUGUGGAUUCGAUUCGAAUGUUCAUGUUGGUAGCGCUCUUCUUGACUUGUACACACGCUAUGGUCUUAUGGAUGAUGCACAAUUGGUUUUUGAUGCGCUUGAGAGCAGGAAUGAUGUUUCUUGGAAUGCUCUUAUUGCUGGUCAUGCUAGGAGAUGUGGUACAGAGAAGGCUUUUGAGCUAUUUCAACGGAUGCUUAGAGAAGGUUUCAGACCUUCUCAUUUCUCAUACGCUAGCCUCUUUGGCGCUUGUUCCAGUACUGGGUUCUUGGAGCAAGGGAAAUGGGUUCAUGCGUAUAUGAUUAAAUCCGGUGAAAAGCUUGUGGCUUUUGCAGGAAACACUCUUCUUGACAUGUAUGCAAAAUCAGGAAGCAUCCAUGAUGCGAGAAAAAUAUUCGAUAGAUUGGCUAAAAGGGAUGUGGUGUCUUGGAACUCGCUGUUAACUGCUUAUGCCCAACAUGGAUUUGGAAAAGAAGCAGUGUGCUGGUUUGAGGAAAUGAGGAGAGGUGGGAUUUGUCCCAAUGAGAUCUCGUUUCUCUCUGUGCUUACAGCUUGCAGCCAUUCUGGUCUUCUAGAUGAAGGGUGGCAUUACUUUGAAUUGAUGAAGAAGGAUGGGAUAGUACCCAAGGCUUGGCACUAUGUCACGGUUGUAGAUCUUCUAGGGCGAGCUGGUGAUCUUCAUAGGGCACUGAGAUUUAUUGAAGAAAUGCCAAUAGAACCUACUGCAGCCAUCUGGAAAGCCCUGCUUAACGCUUGUAGAAUGCAUAAGAAUAUGGAAUUGGGAGCUUAUGCGGCCGAGCAUGUAUUUAAACUUGACCCUGACGACCCUGGUCCUCAUGUGAUACUAUAUAACAUCUAUGCAUCAGGUGGCAGGUGGAACGAUGCUGCGAGAGUGAGAAAGAAGAUGAAGGAAAAUGGAGUAAAGAAGGAACCUGCUUGCAGUUGGGUGGAGAUUGAGAAUGCUAUCCACAUGUUUGUAGCCAAUGAUGAACGUCAUCCACAAAGGAAGGAGAUUGCUCUGAAGUGGGAAGAGGUUUAUGCAAAGAUCAAGGAGUUGGGAUAUGUGCCAGACACCAGCCAUGUAAUAGUCCAUGUGGAUCAACAAGAGAGCGAAGUGAAUUUACAAUAUCAUAGCGAGAAAAUUGCAUUGGCAUUUGCGCUUCUCAACACUCCUCCUGGAUCAACCAUACACAUCAAGAAGAACAUCCGUGUUUGCGGGGAUUGCCAUUCAGCAAUCAAAUUGGCGUCAAAGGUGGUUGGGAGAGAAAUCAUUGUGAGAGAUACCAAUCGGUUCCACCAUUUUAAGGAUGGUACUUGUUCUUGCAAGGAUUAUUGGUAGUGACCAAAAGAUGCAGAUCAUUCAGAACACAUUGACGGUUAGAGUUAUCUAAAAUGAAGACCAUUUGAUCUAAUGAUCCUAAACAAGAAGUUGUUUAAUGGGUUUUGGUUUGCCAGACUCUUGUUCACACAGUUUCUUCAAAUAUUUUACUUGAAGGUGCUGUUUUUGUUUGCAAGCUCUUGGAGUAAGACCCUGGACCUUGGUUUUGGAGGAAGGUGCUGUUUUUGUUGGCAAGCUUUUGGAGCAAGAUCCUGGACCUCGGUUUUGGGGCAAGGUGCUGUUUCUGUUGGUGAGUGUGUAGAUAUGGUGAAAGCUGCAUCAGAACGAAUCUGGUGGAUAGUAGACCCUUUGAAAGUGAUCAGGACCGCUGUGGUUGAUGCUGCAAGAAGAAAUAUGCAUUCAACAACUGAAGCUGUAGUGUUUGAGCUUCCCAAAACGACAAAAGCGAGUCAGCCUGAUGCAUGCGUGCAAGCUGCAAUGGGAGGCAUGGACUAUAAGAUCACUAAACUCCCUCUCUUUCACCAAUGAUCUUAACUUAAGAAAAGAGAGACGAUUCUUUUAGGAGUUUUUGUCUUUGAAUUUGUUGCCCAAAUA